AUGAAGCUCUGCGCAUAUACCCUCUCUCUCCUCCUGUUUGCAGCGGCCUUCUGCGCUCCAGCGCUCUCAGCACCAAUGGGCUCUGACCCUCCCACUUCCUGCUGCUUUUCUUACACCUCUUCGCAGCUCCCUCGCAAAUUUGUGACAGACUACUAUGAGACCAGCAGCCUCUGCUCCAAGCCAGCUGUGGUAUUCCUGACCAGAAGGGGCAAACAAGUCUGUGCUGACCCCAGCCUGCCCUGGGUCAACGAGUACGUGAAUGACUUGGAGAUGAACUGA